CACUCCUUCACUUCUGCCGGCGAACAUCAUGCGUCCAUCUUCGCCACUCGCUUUCCUCUUCGCCUCUCUAUUCGCCUUCUCCUCUGCAUAUCCAACGCCGACAAUCCAACUCCAAGCGAGGGGCUUCUUCAGCGAUCUCAAAGACACGGUUGUAGGCGCGGCUGAAGAGGUGAAGGAGGCCGGCGAGGAUGCCGUCGAUCAAGCCAGAGAAGGGGUUGACCAAAUCACGGAAGCUGUCUCAUAAGGCUUUGAUACACGGGGCCUUGGGCCGGCGAAACGUACAGGCUAGCUGGGCUAAUUGCGAUGAGCAAGACCAUCUCAAAGAACGCCGUAAAGGAAGCGGGUCCUAUUCGUUCAAUGUACAUUACACAUAGCAUACCUAAAGCCGACUCUGAAUCUUCUCCAAAGUAUCUCCAAGCG